AUGGGGCUUUAUAUAGUAAGCCGAUUUUUCUUCUUUGCAUUCCUCGUUGCCCAACAUGUCCUGUUGUCGAAGUUUGUAGCUGAUCAUGAAGAUAAUCUUGGUUUCUAUGGCUUAGUAGCGAUGCUUCUCAUACCAGUAGGCUUUUGGAUUGUAACUUUGUGUAGUGACGAACUGCCACUGAAACAAUAUUUGAGUACUGUAUGGUUCCUUUAUUCCUGUGUGCUUGUGAUCAUGAUUGGUGUGAUAUUUGGACGGGCAGUGAUCGAAGACAAUAAGCUACGAGAACAAGAAAUAGCCACAUGUUUAUGCACACGUAAUGUUAACGCAACAACCGACCAUUCUUUCUUCGACUCAAAAUUCCUGAAGAUAACACUAUGUUUCACCCCAGGACUAAUGUUGCUAUUAUUAACCUCCGUGACGGAUAAAACUGAGACACUGAGACAACUCUAUCUCAUGAUAGUUAUGGAUCUUUUUGAUGGCAUUGAAAUGAUAGAAGUCCUGCAUGAAGACAUUUGUGACAAAAUACCCAUGGGAUGGGAGAUUGCAGUUUUAGUCGCCGCAUUAUUGUUCUUUUUGCUUUCUUUUCUCGAAGUGCACCAAGUCAAAUUUGACGAAGAUGAAGAUGAUGCCGAACCGACGCUGCGUAAGAAAAAAGCGGCGUGUACUCUUGUUUUUCAAAUUAUUUUAAAUGUGGCUUUCCUGGUUAUUCGCCUAGUGUUGUGGUUCCACUACGAUUUUGAUUCUGCUAUUUUUCUGGCUAAAAAUGUGAUUAGUCUCGUUAUGGGACUGGUUGAUGUCUGUCAGUGA